AUGCUCCUCAUAGCGCCCGCGAGGCUGAGGGCACUGCUGCGACUGCGACUCCCGUCGGAACUCCCGACUCGAGCAUAUGCGGUGGCCACAGCUUCCACCAAGUCGCCUUCAUCUACUGUUCCCCCUCCCUGGCGCCCUUCCAACGUUCUGGAUGAUUGGGUCUCCCGCGAGGCGAGACCCAUCAGCCUUCGCCAACUCACCUUCUUCGGACGUACGCUCACGGAAGAUCGUCUGUUGAGCUCUGCCAACUAUGUUCGCCUCGAGCUCCCAACGAGGAUUGCACAUCGACUGCGGAACAUGCAAACACUCCCUUACUCGGCCGUGACAAACGAGCACAUCAGCCAUGUCUACGAAAUGUACUACGCCGCCUUUGAGCGUCUUCGCAAAGUCACGGAAAUCCGAACCUUGGAGGACAAUGAUCGAUUCUGCAACACCAUCAAGGCGACGCUCGACGAGCACCUUUCCGUCAUCCCGCGCCUUGCCAUGGGCAUUCUUGAGAUCAAUGACAGCGUCAGCAGUGAGGAGUGUGAUCGUUUCAUUACAACGCUUUUGCGCUCUCGGAUUAGUCGUAGAGUGAUUGCCGAGCAGCAUCUUGCACUUACUGAAACAUUCCACGCGCCAUGGCAUUUCCCCAAUGCAAAGAAGUCCGGCGCUGCUCCCGAAGACGACUUUAUUGGAGAAAUCUUUCUAAAGUGCAAUGCAAAGGAGAUUAUCGAGAAUUGCGCAGCAACCGCGAGACAACUUACCGCUCAGGCAUAUGGACCAAAGGUGGCGAUUCCGGAAAUCGUCCUGCAGGGCCAUUUGGAAACCACAUUUCCGUACAUUCCAUCUCAUCUCGAGUACAUCAUCGGCGAGCUACUCAGGAACAGUAUUCAAGCCAUGGUCGAGCGGCGAAGACGUGACGACCCCCCACCAAUCGAAGUACUGAUCUGUGAAGCUGCGCAGCAUGUCAUCAUUCGCGUAUCAGAUCAAGGAGGUGGUGUUGAUCGAGAGAUCUUGCCAUAUCUGUGGUCCUUUGCCAAAGGACCGCGACGAACGAACAGGCUGGAGAAUCUAGGUCAAGUGCCGAGACUUGCAGCUACUAUKCAGGAGCUGCAGCCCUCGACUCUGGACAAAAACAUUGGCAACACCGGCGAGAAAUUCGGCAGUUCCUUGUCCUCAUUGUCAGUGCGACCUCCGGAUCUCAAGCUUGGAAUGGGGCUACCGAUGAGCAAGAUCUAUGCCGAAUAUUGGGCUGGAAGUCUUGAAGUCCACAGCUUAGAAGGUUAUGGAUGUGAUGCGUUUUUGCAGAUCAGCAGGCUGGGAAACAAGAACGAGGUGCUCAGCACUCGAGCAACGAUGGACCGGCUGUGA